CCUCUCUCUCACUCUCUCUUCCUUAAUUCCUUCUGACGCCGACGAAUGUCGCCUGGUGGCGCUACGUGUAAGCAGCAAGCAAGUGCGCUGGCGAAAGGCGAAGAUCGAUAAUUGCCUUCAGACCUCGUCUUAAUUAAUUAAUUACCUGCUGUAAGUCCUAUUUGAUCACUUCUACGGACGUAUAUAUUAUCACAUAUAUAUGUUUAUUGCUAACAUUUACUAACCAAGUGUUCAAUACAUUUCGAAUGGAUUAAUAUAUAUUAUUAUUAUAUAUUAUAUAUUAUUAUUAUCAUCAUUAUUAUUCCUUCUGCUUGCAUCCUCAUCAAUUUUCUCCAUCAACUGUGGGGCUGUCUUACUAAUAUAUUAACACAAUACCGUUUGACUUUUCAUAUCCCAGCUUCGAACUCGCUUUAAUUACAGCUUAUCUUAAUUAUUUCCGAAUUGAAACAAGAGUCACACACCUCUAUAUAUACAUACACACACAUAUGUAUAAGUAUAUAUAAUACAUAUAUACUAUAUAUAUAUAUGUGUCUGUCCCUUGCUAACAUUUACUAACAUUUCGAAUGGAUUAAUAUAUUAUUAUUUAUUAUUAUUCUCUCUCUGCUCGCAUCAUCUUCAUCUCCAUCCAUCCAUCUAUUGAGCUGUUUCUAAAAUACAUUAACACUGACUUUUGACAUCCCAGCUUUGAGCUUGCUUAAAAAUAACAGCAUUUCUGAUUCAGUCCCGAAUUGAAACACAGACACAGACACCCAUAUAUAUUAACACACACAUACACAUAUAUAUAUACAUCUAUAUACCUACAAAUACAUUAAAAAAAUCAUUUUCUUUCCCCAACCUGUCCAUCCGUCCGACCGUUUGUUUGUCUAUCUGUCCCGCAUGCCUGUCUGACUCUUCCCCCUAUCUCUCUCUACUGCGGCCCAUUUAUAUCUAAAUUGAGUAUUGACUGACUGUCUAGAGUGCUAAUCGAUACUGUAUAUCAUAUAUACACACACAUACAUACAUUAUAUAUCAUAUAUAUCAGUAUCUUCUAUACGGACGGUGUCACAGCGUCUCUGGUGUCAACACGCCCUAGUGCUGUAUAUUAAUAUACAUACAUAGACGUGUGGUAGUUGUACAUACUACAGAAAGAGCACUGCCUAUAUACAUCUAUAUUAUUUUAUCCGUCUGAAUCAUCGCAUAUAAGCGAGAAGCUCCGAGAAGCUUCAUUACCAAAUAACCAAAUUUUCUUCCAUCUAUAUCUAUAUAUAUAUUAAAUUACGAAUUGUAGAUUGUCUGUUACUGGAAUCAGUUUUGUAUGUUAAUAUAUAUAUAAUAUAUACGUUUGGCGGUGCAAAGGAGAUUACUCAUACAGAAUAUUAUUAUUUUUUUGUGUGUAUGAAUGGUUGCAUAUAGCGAAAAUCUAGCGACUCCUUAAAUAUUCGCUCAGCUUCUUCCUUAAAAUAUACCAAUCUAUACAUACAUACAUCUAAUUUUCUUCCUCUAUAUAUAUAUAUAUACACUGAAGACAUAUAUUUUAUAUCGUUGAGCUGCUACACACACAUAUAUAUAUCAAUAUAUAUAUCUUUCACUGCAUUGUAUUACAAUCUGAGCAGCGGUGAGUCAAGCCAACUCCAUCGUUGCUUUUCAUGAGGAUGUCUAAAGAGUGUGACAAACAGCUAGUUGAUGUCCCACUACCGAGCGACGAAAGCGAAUGCGGAGACAGCCCGACAUUAACACCUACAACUAAUACAGCAUCAACAACUCUUUCUACUAAUAACACUACAGCUACUACAACAACAGCAGCAACAAUAACCGCUUCUACUUUUCCAAAUAUCUCCUGCAUCACUCCAACUACCAUCAACAUGAAAAUUAUAGAUGAUGUCAGCUCUGAUUCCCGCAGUGAAAUCUACAGGAGGGCUCCAGGAUGCUUUUACAUUGGUAAACUCAGCAGCAGCCAUAGUUUAGCUCCAGACAUGAACCGGGACGAAGAGGAGGAAAAACACCGACUGAUCUCGCAGGUACUGGAAUUGCAGAACACCUUGGAUGACUUAUCCACCCGGGUGGAUUCAGUGAAGGAGGAAAACCUAAAGUUGAAAUCCGAGAACCAGGUUUUGGGCCAAUACAUCGAAAACCUGAUGUCCGCAAGCAGUGUCUUCCAGUCAACUUCUCCGGCAAAGGCCAAGAAGAAGCCAGCCAGUGGCAGCAACGUAGCAGUGGGCGGAGGAAUGGGAGGAGGAGGUGUGACUGAUGUGUUAGCUGCGGAGAAGUAGGAUGGGUGCUGUUUCACACCGCCCCAUGGUCUGCACUUGACGUAAUGGGUGGUGCCUGCUGGCCACGCCUCCCUCCUUGCUGCGCCCCUACUUAACUUACUUUACUUUACUGCCUCUACCCUCCACCACUCCCCCCUUUGACAAGACAUCAUGUCGUGUCCCCGCCCAUCCCCCUUGCCUGCUAAAUCAACCAGCCAAUUGUAAGAGGGGGGAGAGAGUGAAAGGAAGAGAGAGAGGGGAGAGAUACAGGGAGGGUUUUUUUCUCUCUCACCUUUUAGUGAAAUGAGGGUAGGAGGAGUGGCCUGUGCAUUUAACUCCGCCCACCACCUCACACUACUACCACAAAACCACUCCCUACUUCUCUCCCUCCCUCUCUCAUUCAUUCCCACCGAAUUUUACGCUAUGCAUGUAUGUAAGCGUGUGCAUGUAUGUAUGUAUGUGUGUGUUGUGUGUGUGUGUGUAUAUAUAUAUAUACA